CGGGUUAUAAAUGUCUCGUGGAAUAAAUGAAUUUGUUUCGAAAAUAUGUUGCUUGGCGCAGGGUUACCCGGACGGAGUCGUACGUUCCUGAGGCAUAAGUGUGGUGGAUGCGCGAGGUCGAAUGCGCCGUAGUUACCGUAAUGGUGCGCGAUGCGCGAGGUGGACGUAGCGGUUGUUCGAACAGCAGCGAGGUAUAGUUCUCGUUGAUACAUUGCACCGAGUGAAUAUUUCGUUGCAGCGUGGCACGUUUCCGUAACGCGUGAACCCUGUGAAUAACGCGACGCGUAAUGUCAGCAGCCGGCGUCGCGAUACCCACCGUUACGUAGAUCGGUACGUCGCAAGAGAAACAACAGAUGAAUAUUUCGAACCGAACGCCUGUGACCUAAUCGAGUAAAAUGUGGAGCCCGACGCACGUCCAAGUGACAGUUCAAAGAGCGAGAAACUUAUUGACCAAAGGAAAACACAAAACCAACGACUGUUUCGUGACGAUCGCCCUCGGGAAAGAGAAGUACCAAACGUCCGUGAAGGAGAAGGCGCCGAGGGACGUGGAAUGGCACGAAGAAUGCGAGUUAAUUAUCCCGGAGCAGGGAAACACCGCGGAAAUAGUGCUGACAGCCCUCCAUCGUAAUUUCCUGGGUGUCGACGAGUUCCUCGGCACCAUCAGUAUACCAUUGUCCAGCUUCGACGUCUACGAGAGACCUAGGAACAGAUGGUAUACCCUUGGAAGUAAACCAGGCAAGGAGAAUACGAAGGAGAGAGGCGAACUCGAGGUGAAGAUCGGUUUCAUCGUGAAGGCCGGCAGCCUGACCGAUCUGAGCCACAAGGAGCGUCACAAAAGUUCCCUCGGACAGCUGUCCACGGCUGCACAUUCGAUCGGCGGAAGUCUGCUCAGCAUAGGAAGCUUCGAGAAGCGUAAAGGCUUGAAGAAAUUGGCGAAAUCGAUCGGGAACCGCGUAAAAGGGAAAAGUAAACACAACCUGGAGAAGGCCGACAACCUGGACGAGAAAGAGGAGCACAAGUUGAGAGCCACGCGACAGCAACCGGGGGAAGCCGAUCCUGGCGUCAUCAGCGAGGACGAGGACGAAUUCACGUUCGAUGAUCUGUCGCAUAAGAGCUCCGCAUCGUCUUUGAACACGCCUGUACUCGGCGGAAAUAGUAACAGCGUGGGCUCGGUAGCGUCGAGCGUAUCUUCCGGUAAUAAUUCCAACGACAUCCAUCAUCCACCACCGGCACCAAACAAUGCAGCGCCCAGCAAACCUCCCAGAUUCUCCAUGAGUUCUUCCACCACGUCCUUAUCGAAGAUAGGCCACGCGAAAGAGGACGAGUGGGGUCUCAAGCUGUACGGAAAACAAUCACACAACAACGUUAAAAGGUGGGAGAGCAAGUCGAGUCCAAAGAUCGUGAUCGACGAGCCAAAGGACAAUCAUCGGGAACCGUCGCCCGCGAGUUCACCUUCGGCGAAACUGAGAUUUCAGGACACGCAGGAGCCACCGCUUCCGGCGCCCCGUGAAAUCAUCCAGUCCAAGAACAAAGACGAGAAAUCUACCUCGAACAAAGAAAAGAGCGCAAAGGAGGAAAAAUCCCGAGAUAAGAAGGACGAUAAACACAGCUGCUGGAGCCCCAAGGACGAGAAACAACAUCGAAAGGAUAAGAAAAAAGAGAAAGAGAAUAAACUGAAAGAGUUGAACGACGAUAAUCACUUAUCUUCGGAGAGAAUCAUUAUCGGUGGCGAGGAUGCUAUUAAAAGUACAGCUCUAUUGAAAAGUCACCUGCCGCACGAAGUUCUUACACAGUUCGAAGGAAAAUCUAGAGAGGAUUUGAUAGAGUUGACGCUGCAGCUGCAGGCGGAAGUAUCGGACAAGAAGAAACGUCUGACCGACUUGGAAGAUUACAUAGACGCGCUGUUACUGCGAGUAAUUGAAUGUUCGCCACGUUUAUUGCAAAAUCCAUACCAGUCGCAGAGACGUCUGUCGGCACCUGGACACCAAUAGAUAAUUAAUUGAUCGCUCUUCCGCCCGCGAUGUUCCCUGCUGUCGAGGUUAAUUACGUCUGCUAACGUAAUUAGUAAUAACUACAUAUAGCACACGUUCAACCGAUUUCGAUCAGUUUAUAUAUGUUUGACUGCUGUCGUGCAACUGACUAUCCUGUAGUCCACGCGCUUUAAUUUAUUCUCGUUUCAUAAUUAUAACGUAACAUUUAAGUAAUUUGCACGUAGUUCUCGUUGCUUUUUUUUUAAACUGUAUAAAUUUCUAUACAACUUGUAGUAUUUUGUUAUCGCUCGAACGAGAUAUUUUUAUCGUAAGGUUUGUAUGUUUUAAAGGGUAAAGAAAAGGCGCGAUAUUUGUGCCAACCGCUUUGAAACGUCGGAAAAGAAAGAUACGAAUACUCCCCUAGUCUUCCCAAUAGAGAGCGUCAUUGUUUUAUCCAAAAAAAACAUUAAUCUCCGUCCAAAGUACGAUCCUAACAAAAUCAAUUAUUAAUACGAUAGUGUUUGUAUUUUUAAAGAUUUACAUGGGAAUUUCUUCACGCGUUGUAUACCAUAUUUUCACAAAUACAUAUUUAAAUAAGCUUAAUCGCGUACAUAUUAGGUCAUCCCCUAAGUUCAUGCCGUUCGUAGUCCUUAAGGUUGACGACGAUAAGGAGAAAAACAUGCGUUUUAUACUAGCUUUUAGAGUGGAACCUACUUGAACGUAUAACAGCGUGCACAAUGGAUUUUAUACAACAAUCGUCGGUAAAAACAUUGCUGGACUGUUAAACAAGAACCACUACAAUGAUCUUCCAAGUUGUUACAAUUUUUCAUAAAUAUUCAGUAGUAUAUUUGAAACGUUGCUUUAAAUUUUAGUACAAAAUUACGAGAUGGCCUGAUAUUAACACUGAGCGAGCUCAGUGUUAUGGAAUGCUGCGCGAAGAGAAAGUCAUCGAGUCCUAUUACCCCUUCCUUUUCCCAAUAUGCUCCUAAAUAGCGUUGCAUAGAUGAUACACGCUGCAUGGUUUUAUUUAAACUUUAUAAUAGGUUUGCCAAUACAAUCAACAAAUUAUUAGUAAAUAUGUAACAUCGCAUUCUAACAGAUUUUUAUAUACCAUUUAAACAAAAUAUGCAAAUGUUUAAAUGUAUCAGAAUUCAAGCUCGAAAUUAAAAUGCUACGAUGUACGUUUAAUAAAUAGUAAUUCGAUACUUGGACGAGUAACCUAUUUUAAACUUUAAAUAUCGUGAAGCAAUUAUCAGAUUAUUGUCAUUUCACAGUGAUAUAUGCGACUAAAUGUAUGAAAA